CCAAAGACUCAGUGAGCCGAUGAUCCGGACGUUCGGAAUUCACUACUUAGUACCAGGAGUCGGUUCCGAUGCGAGUUCGGCUCUGAACCCAGAACUACUGAUUCCACUGCGAGAAGGAGUCAGGCGGACAUCAUGAGGGAAGAUGAAGCCGUCCGGCCCGCUCCUUCUGCUGGUCCUCCUCGCCGCGGCCGGGCCAAGCCGGUCCCAGUUCGGCACGUCCCUCCUGGAUCUUUCCGGGAUCCUGCCGAGCCUGAGCCGACCGGCCAACCACAGCCGCAUCUUCUACGCCGUGAUGUUUGACGCGGGGAGCACAGGGACGCGCAUUCACGUCUACACCUUCAUCCAGAGCAACUCGGAGCCGCUGCCUGUUCUGGACAAUGAGAUGUUCCACUCCAUAAAGCCAGGCUUGUCAGCGUACGCCGACUACCCCGAAAUGGCUGGUGAAACGGUGAGGAUGCUGCUGAAGGUCGCCAAGAAGACGGUUCCUCGUCUGGACUGGAAGAGAACCCCGCUGGUCCUCCGAGCCACGGCCGGACUCCGCCUGCUGCCUUCAGCCAAAGCCCAGGCGCUUCUGGACCAGGUCCAACUCAUGUUUGACGAAUCCCCGUUUCUGGUGCCAGACAACAGCGUCAGCAUUAUGAACGGCACAAACGAAGGCAUUCUGGCUUGGAUUUCUCUGAACUUUCUAACAGGUCAUCUGAACGCUCGCGCCACAAAGACUGUGGGAAUCCUGGACUUGGGAGGAGGAUCCACACAGAUCACGUUCCUGCCCAAACUGAGGAAAACGAUCGAGAGCGCUCCCGAUAGCGAUUAUGUUGCCAGAUUUGAUUUCCUCAACUCAACGUUUGAGCUGUACACUCACAGUUAUCUUGGGAAUGGACUCAUGGCCGCCCGCCUCUCCACCCUGGGUGCUCUGGGCGCAGAAGGGUUGGAGUGGCAGGUUUUUAAAAGCUCCUGCCUGCCGAGUAAGUUCAGGGACGACUGGAGCUUCGGAGGUCUUACCUACCAAGUGAGCGGAGACCAGGAUGGUCGUGCGGGAUACAAGCCUUGCUAUCAGGAAGUCCUCAAGGUGGUGAAGGGGAUUAUUCAUCAGCCGCACGAGCUCGAAGACAGCGACGUGUUCUAUGCGUUCUCCUAUUACUUUGACAGAGCUGUGGAUGCGGGCCUUAUCAAUGAUGUCCAAGGAGGGACGGCGCGGGUCAGAGACUUCAAGAAGAGAGCGAAAGAGGCAUGCAAUAAGAUGAGCGAGUACCCGGCUGUCAGUCCGUUCCUGUGCAUGGACCUGACCUACAUCACUUGUCUGCUGAGGGAUGGCUUUGGCUUCAAGGACAGCACCGUCCUGCAGUUAACCAAGAAAGUGAAGAAUGUGGAGGCUAGCUGGGCUCUAGGCGCCAUGUUGGACCAUUUUCACAAGCUGAAGAUCCACUGAGGAGCAGUAACGAACAGAGCUCGCCAAGCCUCGUGCGUGCUGACGACAGGAGAGAGUUAAUGGUGAAGACGAACUGCCCCUGACGGAUGCAAAAAAAAAUCCUUAGAACGCAAUGAAGACGUCUGACAAAAAAGGUCCCACGAGAAAAAAGAUAAAAGCACACAGUAGAUACAAGAUUUACUG